AUACACCUUCCUUUGAAGCCGUUAUGGUGUACAGUCGUCCUUUAUACGAAUGAGGUCAUUAAACUGGAAACAGUACAAAGAAGAUUUACAAGAACAUUGUCAGGACUCCAGGGACUAUAUUACAAGGAGAGGUUGGCAUGUACCACAGCUGUCACUGGACUCCUAGACUGCAAAUACGCAGAGAAAUUGAUUCCUUCUGAGAAUGCAGUGUCACAGGAUUUAUGUCUGCUUUGCACCAGAGCAAACGUUUGCUGUUUCUUCUGCCUAUUUAAGAAGAUAAUUAAGAUUUUACCUGGGAACAAGGCUGGUGUUUCAAAUGACCCUACGACGGAUCAUUAUCUGAAACUUGACAAUCUCAUCUGACCUUAUCAACCAAACAGACACGCUGGAGAGAGGAGUGGACAUCGCGGACAGCGAGCAAAAUCGAAUUUUUGAGUCCCUGAUUUUAACUGCUCCUCCACUGAAAGACAUUUUACAUCUGCAGGGAGAAAUCAGGUAACAUGAUCGAGGACUUCUCCCAGCUUAGUCAUUCACGCUUCUCCGCUCUCCCAUCAAGCAGAAGAUAAAAAAUCUUGAGAGCCUGUGUCACCGGGCUCUAGGACAGUUUCUAUCCUGCUGUUAUCAGACUCUGGAAUGGACUUCUCAUCUGCUAAAAAGAGAUGAAGAGGGAAGACGCUGGGGAGAACUGGUCACAGGAUUCGACCCGAUGGGGGACUGUGAUUCGAAGGAGCAAGGUGCCAGAGUCUACUGAGGAUUGGUCAGUGAUGUGGACGUGGUCAGAUGCCGGGCCUGCGGACCAUCGAGGUUGAGGACUGGAGUCAUUGGCACAUCCUGGAAUUGGAGUUCCAUACAGGCAGGAGGAAUGAAGGCUGGCGACCCCCUAGGUAAAGAAAUACCUUUUUGACAAAGUCCUGCUCAUGAAAGAUGGAGAUCACAUCGUAUUAUACUAAACUUCUGGGAGAAUUAAAUGAGCAGCGUAAGCAGGACUUCUUCUGUGACUGCAGCAUAAUUGUGGAAGGAAGAAUUUUCAAAGCUCACCGGAAUAUUCUAUUUGCUAACAGCGGCUACUUCAGAGCCUUGUUAAUUCACUAUAUCCAUGAUAGUGGGCGCCCUAGCACUGCUUCAUUGGACAUUGUCACAUCUGAGGCCUUUUCAAUUAUUCUGGACUUCCUUUAUUCGGGAAAGUUGAACCUUUGCAGUAAAAAUGUUAUCGAAGUAAUGUCGGCUGCUAGUUAUCUACAGAUGACAGAUGUGGUCAGCUUUUGCAAGUUGUAUAUUAGAUCUUCUCUUGAUAUCUGUGUGAAAGAUGAAAAGGAUGAUGAUUGCAGUCAUGUGGAGAAUGGAAAUAAUAUAAAUGCCUUUGGAGAUGCUGUGUCCUUUUGUCGGAAUCAAUGUCCAAACCCUGUUCCGACAGUUCAACAACAGAAGGAGGCAAGCCCUGAGAAUAAUAAAGGACUUAACUGGAAUGAAUGCAGUACUUAUCAUCCCAUAGAUCUUGCACAAAAGGAUCAAGAUAAUCUUUCUCCAGAGAAAGUGCACCCUCCAUCGUUGCCCAAGCUUCCAGAACCGAAAGUUGAAUUCGACGAGGAUGAAGUGGGAUCAGUUGAGCGGUUCCGACAGUUUACACCGUCUGCCACGGAUCAGUCCGAGGAGCGGCUGCAGUCUGCCCCAGCCAUGGAGAUAGCGUAUGAGAAUUAUCAAAUGAAACAAUUCCUGGAAGUUUUAUUGAGGACAGGAAAUGUCCAGCGGAAAGAUGACAUCAUGCAGCACUUUUCCCGUGGGGGGCGUCCAGAGGACGGAGGGGGCACCUUCUCGAAUAUGAUGGAUGUCCAGAGCGAUUGGUAUGGGGAAGAUGCAGGGAAUGGGAUAAUUGUGCCAAAAAAGAUCUACAAGUGUCCAUUUUGCACCUACACAGCAAAGCAGAAAGGGAUCCUGAAGCGACACAUGCGUUCCCACACAGGAGAGCGCCCAUACCCUUGUGAGACCUGUGGAAAGAGAUUCACCAGACUUGAGCAUCUUCGAAGUCACGCUUUAAGUGUGCACCGUUCUAACAGACCAAUUGUCUGCAAAGGAUGCAGGAGAACGUUUACCAGCAACUUGCAGCAUGGCGCAAGGCGGCUUGGCCUCUGCGAUAGCUGCACGUGUGUGAUGACAACAAACGAGGAAGCAUCUCCGGUCAAUCUAAGCCAGACUGAGCAGGGUUUGGAAACCCAGGAGAAGGAGGACAAAGAUGCUAACUGGCCUGUGUACAUAGAAUCAAGUGAAGAAAAUGAGUCCGCUGGAGACAAUGUGGACGACAAGCAACAGAUUCAGAGAAGUUUGACAGAUAGUGAAGGAUUUAUUUAGUGACACAGUUUAUUCCCUCCACUCCAGAUGGGUUGCAAAUGUUCUUCCCUAAGCAUCAUGAUAAGCAAGUGCAGUAAUGUACCAUUAUAGUGUUGGAACCUUCAAGGCCAAAGAAACUCCAGCCAAUAUAGAUCCCUUAUUCAUUUUCAAAUGGGGUAUCAACAGUUGGAAUGGACCUCUGCCCAAGGAAUCCAAUUAGAAGUUGGUAAACUGGACAGAAGAAUAAUAUAGAAUGGUUGCCAACCUGAAUGGAGGAAGCUGGGAAGCCUCUUUCUGUGAUAAUUUCUUAAAUAGAAAGAGCCAAAUAUCUGCUGGUACAACCAAAGUAAAAUCCAGAGCCAAUUCCCUUUCAGCGUUUGCUGAUUAUUACUGCUUGAGAAUAUUUUUCCCAAAAGAAACUCUGCAAAUACAAUGGGACUGUGCUAAUUCUACUUUAAAUGACUUGUUCUAAGCAAAUUAAAUUUUGCUUGACUAUGCCAUUGGCUAAUCACUUAGUUCAAGAUCAAACAACUUGUAAUGUUCUGCAUUGAAUAGAUUUGUGGAUAAACGUUUUAUUUUAAAAAGCACUAAAAUGGUGGUGUUAGUGCAUUCAGAUCAUCUUUGAAUUUUAUGUGGAUGUUUUCUAACUUGUACUUAGUGAACAUUGUGUUGAUGUUCCUUCGGUUGAGUAAAAAGUCAGUUCUCCAAGACUUUUAUUUAGGGGCCAAUAGCCAGACCAACUGGAUAGCCCGGUCCUGGCUGCGAUACUGAACAUUCUUUAAUCACUAUAUGCCACAAAUGGAGGCAGGCAAGUUGGACUUCAGACAACUGAAGAAAUUUCUCCAGCACUUGAUAUAUUUAUGAUAAUUGUAACCAUUCUCAUUAUCGUCUUUUUCUGUUUAUGUUAUCUUUUUUUAUUGUAAGGGGUGGUGGGGGCAGGAUUUGUCCCCAAUCCUGGAAAUCUGCAGGUUUGGUUAAACAGUAAUGAACUGCUGUAAUGCUGAGAACUCGAUGAACCCUAUUCUUCACAUCAGAAAAUAAAAUUCAAGGGCUAGAAAAUAGUAUUUAAACGCAACUUAGAAAAGAAGCUGAACCUUGUCCAAUAUAAAACACUGUUUUGAACUGCUUUCAACUGCAAUAAUUUUUAAUUCACAUUUGACCUCUCAAAGGGAACAAGUAGAAGACUAAAAUGCUUACCUGAAAGGUCUCCUCACCAUUGUCUCUCUGACAGAUUAUAUUGCUAUUUGAUAGCCCUACAUCAAUAAAUUGUCAAUGUUUGUGUGGUCCACAUAAUAAUAGGGUGGAAGCAUAGACCCCGUGAUUGAUGCAUCAUUCCUUUGGUGUCAAGAUGUUUGCUGUUUUUAAGCUCAUCUUUUUAAUAACUGAUUGGAUGUGAUUUUAAUGUAUGUGUGCAUGUUAUAAAGUUUGUUCUCAGCUGU